AUGGCAGACCGUGAUUCGUUACCGCUGCCGCUGGAGGUGCGCGCGCGGCUCGCAGAGCUCGAGCUGGAGCUAUCGGAGGGUCACCCUGAGCAGCUUAGCUUUCUGAUUUCUCUCUUUCAAUUUCUCCCCUCAGUUGGUCCGAUGUCUCAUCUGUCUCUGAAAAGGUGGGGCUUAAGAGAAAUGGGCGUUUCUGCUGAGAAUGGAAUAGCUGGCAGGCACUCCAGUAACUACCAGUCAGAUCGCCCUUGGUCGUCUCUGGAUUCUGAGGACAGUCUGUCGGCCCCACCUGACAUCACCAGCUACAUGCCAGACCCCAUCCCCAUCUCUGUUCGACGCCCACAGGUCGCCAUGAUAGCCAGGCCCCUGCCCAAAUAUGGCAAUGCUGAGCUGAUGGAGACAGGAGAUGGUGUGCCUGUCAGUAGCCGUGUGUCGGCGAAGAUCCAGCAGCUAGUUAACACCCUGAAGCGACCCAAGCGAAGACCCCUGAGAGAAUUCUUUGUGGAGGAUUUUGAAGAACUUCUGGAAGUGCAGCAGCCCGAUCCUUCUCUGCCACACCCAGAGGGGGCGGAGUCAACCCCCAUACAAGGAGAAGAGCUCAACGGACUCAAGAACUGCCCUUCCUCCCUGGAAGCAGCCCUUCUUCGCUGGGGAGCCAUUGCACCCAAAGCUCCCUGUCUGACCACUACACACAGCAAUGCCAAACAGCCAUACACACUUACAUAUGGCAAGCUCUGGUCCAAGAGUUUGAAGUUGGCCUAUAACCUUCUCCACAAACUGGGAUCCAAACAAGAGCCAAUCAUUCACCCUGGAGACAGGGUAGCAUUGGUUUACCCCAAUAAUGACCCUGCAGCAUUCAUGGUGGCGUUUUAUGGCUGUCUUUUGGCUGAAGUUGUUCCUGUCCCAAUUGAAGUACCACUUACAAAGAAGGAUGCUGGGAGUCAACAAAUUGGUUUCCUGUUGGGUAGCUGUGGAGUUGCUGUGGCAUUAACAAGUGAUGCAUGUCAUAAAGGUCUUCCCAAGAGUACUAGUGGUGAUGUCAUGCAGUUUAAAGGCUGGCCAAAGUUGCUCUGGGUGCUGACUGACUCCAAACAUUUAUCUAAACCCCCACGAGAAUGGUUUCCUCUCAUUAAAGAUGCUAACAAUGACACAGCAUACAUAGAGUAUAAGACCUGUAAGGAUGGGAGUGUGCUGGGAAUAACUGUGACAAGAAUGGCGAUGCUCACACACUGCCAAACACUUACACAUACCUGCGGAUACAGUGAGGCUGAGACUAUGGUGAAUGUGUUAGACUUUAAGAAAGGCAUCGGCCUUUGGCACAGUGUUCAAACGAGUGUGUUGAAUAUGUUACAUGUGGUCAGUGUUCCAUAUGCACUUAUGAAGGUGAAUCCUCUGUCCUGGAUCCAGAAAGUCUGCCAGUACAAAGCUAAGGUGGUUUGUGUGAAGAGUAGGGAUCUACACUGGGCUCUGAUGGCCUACAAAGAGCAGAGUGACACCAACAUGAGCUCAUUGCGAAUGGUGCUGAUAGCUGAUGGAUCAAACCCCUGGUCGAUAUCCUGCUGCGACGCAUUCCUGAAAGUGUUUCAGAGCAUGGGCUUGAGGUCAGAGGUCAUAUGCCCGUGUGCUGGCUCCCCCGAGGCACUAACUGUAGCUGUGAGGAGGCCUCAGGAGGGCAGCUCUAAGCCAGCAGGCCGAGGGGUCCUAAGUAUGACGAAUCUGAGUCACGGGGUCAUCAGAGUGGACACUGGAGAGAAGCUGUCCGUUCUCGCCCUACAGGAUGUGGGCACGGCCAUGCCAGGAGCAAUGGUGUGUGUUGUUAAACUGGAGGGUGUUCCUCAACUGUGUAAAACCGAUGAGAUUGGAGAGAUCUGUGUGUCGUCUGUUGCCACGGGAACGUCAUAUUAUGGGCUUACAGGAAUGAGCAAGAACACAUUUGAGGUGUGUCCAAUGGCGUGUGACAGUGGAUUGGUCAGCGAUUGUGUAUAUGUGAGGUCAGGUCUGCUGGGGUUUGUGGGUCCGGGCGAGAUGAUCUUUAUUUCUGGUACACUGGAAGGACUGAUGCAAGUUGGGGGUCGGAAACACAAUGCUGAUGAUAUCAUCGCUACAGCUCUUGCUGUGGAGCCCAUGAAGUUCAUCUAUAGAGGAAGGACGGUGGUGUUCUCAGUGAAUGUGUUGUAUGAUGAGAGGAUUGUGCUGGUAGCAGAACAGAGACCAGAUUCAACUGAAGAAGAGAGUUACCAGUGGAUGAGCCGAGUUUUGCAGAGCAGUUUAGAUCUGAUCGCCGCCUUUUAUGGCUGUCUGUAUGCAGGCUGUAUUCCUAUAACUGUACGACCACCUCACCCUCAGAACAUCUCCACUACACUACCUACAGUUAAAAUGAUCCUGGAGGUGAGUCGUUCAGUGUGUGUUAUGACCACCCAAGCAAUCUCUAAACUUCUGAAGUCCAGAGAUGCGUCAGUGGCUGUGGACUUUAAAUCAUGGCCUCCUAUCCUGGAAACAGAUGACUUGCCAAAGAGGCGUUGUCCCCUGCUGUAUAAACCAUGUGACCCAGACUCAUUGGCGUAUCUGGACUUCAGUGUGUCCACUACAGGAAUGCUUGCUGGAGUGAAGAUGUCUCACAAUGCAACCAGUGCCCUGUGUCGCUCUGUUAAACUGCAGUGUGAGUUGUACCCCUCUCGUGAGGUGGCCGUGUGUCUCGACCCAUACUGCGGCCUUGGCUUCGUCCUGUGGUGUCUCUGCAGCGUGUAUGCAGGGCAGCAGUCUGUUCUGAUCUCUCCAAUGGAUCUAGAGGUGAAUCCUGCUUUGUGGCUGCAGUCCGUCAGUCAGUUUAAAGUCCGAGACACGUUCUGCUCAUACUCUGUGAUGGAGCUCUGCAUAAGGUCUCUCAGCUCUCUCACUGAUUCUCUAAAGGCCCGUGGGAUGGAUCUGUCCCGUGUGCGUUCGUGUGUGGUUGUGGCGGAAGAGAGGCCCCGUGUUGCUCUGACACAGUCCUUCUGUAAGCUCUUUAAGGACGUGGGGCUGCACCCGCGUGCCGUCAGCACUGCUUUCGGCUGCAGGGUCAAUCUCGCCAUCUGCCUACAGCCUCAUAGGUUGGGGAAGCUUGCUGAGCAGGGAACAUCAGGACCGGAUCCUACGACUGUCUAUGUGGACAUGAGAGCACUGAGACAUGACAGGGUAAGACUGGUUGAAAGAGGAUCUCCACACAGUCUACCUCUCAUGGAAUCUGGGAAGAUUUUACCUGGUGUACGCAUCAUCAUCGCUAACCCAGAGACAAAGGGACCAAUCGGAGACUCUCAUUUAGGGGAGAUCUGGGUCCAUAGUCCACAGAAUGCCAGUGGGUACUUCACUGUGCUCGGAGAGGAAAAUGUGCGAUCGGAUCAUUUCGGAGCCAGGUUGAGCUUUGGAGACACUCAGACUGUGUGGGCCAGAACCGGAUACCUGGGGUUCCUGCGCAGGACCGACCUCACUGAUGCAAGUGGAGAAAGGCACGAUGCCCUUUAUGUGGUGGGAGCGUUAGAUGAAGUCAUGGAGCUGAGAGGUAUGAAAUACCAUCCCAUUGACAUUGAAACGUCCAUCAUCAGGGCACACCGGAAUAUCACAGAGUGUGCGGCGUUCACAUGGACGAAUCUCUUAGUGGUGGUGGUGGAGUUGGACGGUUCCGAGCAGGAAGCUCUAGAUCUGGUUCCCAUGGUAACUAAUGUGGUUCUAGAGGAACACUACUUGAUUGUUGGCGUGGUGGUGGUUGUGGACACGGGCGUAAUUCCCAUCAAUUCUCGUGGAGAGAAGCAACGCAUGCACCUACGGGACGGCUUCCUCGCCGACCAGCUCGACCCCAUAUAUGUGGCUUACAACAUGUAGAAACACGCACACUGAUGAUCUUAAAGACAGGCUCAUUCUCAUGGUUGUUCUCGGGCACAACAACCAUGAUUUCCAGCACCUUCUCACUGUCAGCACUUCUGUCAGCCUGCUAACUGUAGAUUGAACACCCUCAAAUUAGCAAACACACACUCGCAUAUCAUUCACAGAGGGACUUGCAAGACUCCUGAAGCAUAUCUUUUUCAGUUUUUGUGUCGCCCAAUAUUUUGCUAGUGUUGGUUCUUUUUUUAACUUGCACACUAAAAUUUAAUUUAAAGAACGGGGGAUUUUAUAUGAUAAAUAUAGCUGUUGCCAAUUAAAUUAGUGUUAUUUAUUUGUGUUUUUAAACCUGCGGUCACAAAUAUACCUGUCAUAUUUGUGCUUUCAUGUACGUUUCUUUGCAUAUCGUUGUUUUAUGCUCGUCUUUGCUGUUGUCUUUGUUGAUACACAUUUUUGAAGUUGUAUUAGAAUAUCACAAACUGACUUAUCUAGCAUGUUUAUCAUUUUAAAGAUACUAAUGUUAAGUCAUUUUCAUAAUUGUUAAUUAUGUACAGAAAAUUGUUUCAGUUUUGUCUAGCUUUUGCAAUAUCAUUUUUGUGAUUUAAUAGUUUAGGCUAACAUUUAGGUCAUUUUAUCAUGUAUAUGAAUAAGAUCACAUCGGCACUGUGAUACGCAUAAAUAUAGACCUAUGUGAACUAGAAUUUGCAUUCUAGAUUCAUUGCCCAGCAUCAGCUGAUCUCUCCUGCUUUAUGUCUAUAUCUAGAGAGACAGAGAGGAGGGAGGGAUGGAAAAGUGACAGAAAGAGGACAUAUGCACAAUGUGUGUUUAUUAUAUCUU